GUCUUGUUUGAGCACAAUGGCGUCCGCCGCUGCGCGCCGCUGGAGCGAGCAUUUUAGUCCUUUUAAAAUGUGGUUUAGGGGCUUUAAUUUAAGCCACAAGAUGCAUUUGUAUAUUCUUUUAUUUUUGCACAUGAGCAGCUGUUUUUCUGACGACGAUCAUGAGAUGGAGGAAUUUUUAAAGCGAGAGUUUUCUCUUUCCAAACCUUACCAAGGUGUGGGAUCUUUAGGCUCCUCCCACUGGGAGCUGAUGGGUGACGCCAUGGUGACGACAGAACAGGUGCGGCUCACACCUGACCUGCAGAGCCGCCAGGGAGCCGUGUGGAGCCGCGUGCCUUGCCAUCUUAAAGACUGGGAAAUGCAGGUGCACUUUAAAAUCCACGGUCAGGGAAAGAAGAACCUGAACGGGGACGGCCUGGCGGUCUGGUACACCAAAGAAAGAAUGCAUAAAGGUCCUGUGUUUGGAAACAUGGACAACUUUACAGGCCUGGGUGUGUUUGUUGAUACAUAUCCUAACGAGGAAAAACACUUGGAGGCUCAAAAGAAAAGAUACACCCCUCGCACUGAGAGGAUUUUCCCUCUCGUUUUGGCCAUGGUCGGUAACGGCACAAUCAGUUAUGACCAUGAGAGAGAUGGAAAACCCACAGAGCUGGGAAGCUGCAACGCCAUGGUGCGCAAUCUCAAACACGACACUUUUCUCUUCAUUCGAUACGUCAGCCGCAGACUAACGGUGAUGAUCGACAUCGAUGGACAGCACGAGUGGAGGGACUGUUUAGAUUUACCAGGGGUGCGUCUGCCCAAGGGUUACUACUUUGGAGCUUCAGCCUUGACUGGAGAUCUCACAGAUAAUCAUGACAUAAUUUCCAUGAAGCUGUAUCAAAUCACUGUAAUAAGUCAAAAAAACAAGGAUGAGGAUGAAGAGGAGAUAACUAUACCAAGUGUGGAUAAUAUAGAACUGAUCAGAUGGAAAGCAAAUGAACAGGGGAUGAGCAACAUAGCCAUUUUCUUCACUGUGCUUUUCUCCAUUUUGGGUUGUAUUUUUCUAAUCGUCGUCGGAUUAGUUCUCUAUGGUCAUUGGAAUGAGACCAGACGUAAGCGCUUCUAUUGACCCACGAGUGACCGGUCUGUGGUCCACUUGAACUCUAAUAACACUGGCCCAGAAGAGGACGGGUUUAUGGUUCAAAAGACUCUUCUCCUGUACGGACCGCGGGCCGCCGGACGCACACCAGCCCAGCCUUACUGUUCAGACUGUUGUUACAAACGUGUGCGAGAUGUUUUACCUGAUGACCACACAGAAUGAUGUUGAAACGCUUGUAGCUGCAUGCAGAGAUGAAUUUUAAUCAAUUUUACACAAGAUUCAUAUAUUUAACAUGUUAUUUAUUUUAAAUUAUUUCUAUUUAUUACAUAGCAGAACGACUGGUUGUUCAGCUUCUUGAAGUAUAUAAUAUAAAGUACAUUUAUGAAGUACACACUGAGUUUUGUGCUACUGUUAUAUAUUUUUUUUGAACUAUGCUUUAUUUACAAUUUUAAAUGUGUUAAUUGAAGGGCAUAAUACUGACACUUUGACGCCCGAUUCAAAACUGCAGAGCUGAUCAUUUGCUGCGGCGGCAUUUUACUGUCGCCAUUUACAUUUACACUCAAUUCUUUUGAAAAUUGGCAAUAUUUUUGAACAUUUAAACAUGACAGGAUGUAGACAGGGAUAAGGGGCAGGUAAUUUGAUUAGUCCAAAACAUGCAUGAGUCAAAUUUUAACUCAGAAAGCGAACAACGAAGGAAAAACCCAUAUUACAUUUUUUUUAAAGCUCAUAAAUGUGAAUUGUGCAGAAUGUCUCCUAAAAAAAAAGAACGUUUUUAAUAUGUUCAAAGAAAGCACAAAGACGGGCAGCUGAAAGU